CCUGCUGUUGUUAUCGAAGCCAAAGCCACACAUUUGAAAUUUUUUAAAACGAAAUGGAAGUUUAUACAUUUGAGAAAUCCUACUUGGAACGUUUAAAAGAAGCCGAGGCGGUUUUAUCGUGGGAUGGAGCUGUUAUACCCGCCUCACAAGUACGUUCCGAGUGGAAAUCCUUUGUGGAGUUGCAAAUAGAACCGACUGGAUGGCAGGCCAUCUGGAGAAUUCCGCGCGUAAUCUGUGAAGAUCUAAAAUUACGCUAUCCCACCAUAGUCUAUGGCUAUGUGGACCAGGUGAUCUUUGAAGAAUUGAAGGCAGUAUUUGUGGUAACAGCUGUGCAGGACAAUGAUGUUCAUUUACCCGAACGCAACGAGGUUCAUCUCAUUGAAUUAUGGCCCACAUUGAAGCAAGAGAACUCGGCCCUCAAUGUAGACACAACAGCUGAGUGUGUGGAUCGUUUGCGUUUCUUUUACACUUAUGUAUGGAUGCCCUGGGACAAGGAUUACGAUGAUGAUCGCGAUUGGGUGCAACAGCACUUGGAGUCGCGCAUUCAAUUGGCUUGUGAUUUGAGCAAAAAUAAGUUGUCACGUCCGCUGGCCUGUCAUGUGCGCAGCCUAACCAUGGAAGCUCGAUAUAUUGAACAGCGUUUAGAGUACCUGGAACUGGAUUUGAGUGAUGCCGAGGCAGAGAGCGACGAUGAGGCAGUGGAAUUGAAGGACAAUGGAAGUGAUCCCUCUAGAAAAGUUUCGAAAACGACAGCCAGCGGUGGUGGCGAUCGUAAUGUUAGCCUUAACAUGUCCACGCUCCCAGUGACUGAUUUAAUGUGCCUUCAUCUGCGUAUGGCCAUUAUACGCAGUGAAUUUGAGAUUCUCGAGAAUACCGAAAUGCGACGUGCGUACAGUGAGUUAAAAGCGAAUGGUCUUAAAUGUAAUCUUGCUAGUGGUUCACUGUUGGACCAUGUUGAGCGCCCGGCCCUAUGUCAUCUGGUCACUGUGGCCGGUCCAUUGCAGCAACAAAUGGAUAUGCUAUUGAUGGCCAAGCACCAUCUUGGAAACCAAAAAAUGGAUGUAUCAAUGGGAAAAUCUCUUCAAGAUGUUCUAACCAUAUGCCAGAAAAAUGAUUCUAUAUUCUUGUCACCUGGUCAACAUACAAUUAAGUUUUUGGAGCAUUUUAAUGACAAAGGUUGUCUCAAGGGUUUGGCCAAGUCGGAGACUAUUAUGAACUGCGAUAGAAAUUUCGAUCAGUUGCCAGUGAUCUGUUCAAGCGAUGAGGAUAGUACAUUGCUAGUUAUCGAUGGGGAUUACACAUUCACCAAUUUGGUUUUCAACUGUUCACGUGUGCGUCGAGGAAUCCUCCUAAGGAAUGGCAAUCUUUGCCUAAAGGGUUGCCGUCUUACUGGCGAUGGUCAUUCAUCUACCCAAGAGGGUAUCGUUUGUUUGCCAGGUGCAAAUCUCGAGCUCAAGGAUUGCCUAAUCGAGGAUUUUGGUGUGGGCAUUUCCAUGCGUCCGCAAUCUCAAGCAGAGUUGGGAAGUGUAACAAUCAGAAAAACCUUGACAGGAAUGGAAUUGCUGGACCGAUCGGUGGCCAUGAACUUACAGGGUUCGAAAUGUAUUUUUGAAAAUUGUUGUGUGGGAAUUAUUGCCGAUGGAAUAUCCUUGCCGGGACGCAUGGAAAAGGAGCUUGUGUUAAAGGAUUUCAAUGAUUUAAAGAGUUUGAACGACAAAAAUCUAAUGGGAAAUUGCAAUUUUGUAAAAUGUCGCAAGUGUAUACGAGUUUUCAAUGAAUCCAAUCAACUGAUGGCAAAGCAUUUGCAUGAAAUCCUGCUUGAAGAGGGUGGGGAGGAGAAGGAGAACAUUAAAAUGGCAUGAGGUUGACAUUGUGAAUUAGUUUUAAAAUAAGUGAUGCAUAUCAAAUAUACAUAAACAUAUAUAUAUUUAAAUUUAACGGUUACUACAGCGCUGCCACAUAGGUAGAUGUGCGCAACAGUUGGUUGUAGGGCUGCCAUUUAUUUUGGCUAAUUGAUAUUCUCUACUUAGAAAAAAAAGUGACUAAAACAUUAUUUCUAAAUUACUUAAGCCUUCCAAAUUAGUUAUUAAUAUCAAAUUAAUUUUAAUAAAAUUUAAACAACCAGCUACUAUCUCGGAACUGGGUGGCAACGCUGUGAGUUGUUUAUAAAUAACGAUACGCACUUAA